AUGGUUUUCAGCAAGGCAACCUUCGCGUCCGCUUUUGUCUCCCUGCUGGCAUGUGCCGCCGCGGUGGAAGUGCCCAAGACUGAUUACGAGGUCAUUGUGGUCGGCGGUGGCCCUGCGGGUCUCAGUGCACUCAGUGGUGUCUCUCGUGUUCGCCGGACGGCUCUCUUGCUUGAUAGCCAGGAGUACCGGAAUGGUGUGACCCGGGAAAUGCACGAUGUCAUUGGCAAUGAUGGUACCCCUCCCGCUGCUUUCAGAGGUCUAGCCCGCGAACAGAUCUCGAAGUAUCCAACUGCCCACUUCAGCAAUGAGACCGUGGAAUCAAUCGUUCCUAUCGAGGGAGAGUACACUGCCUUUACAGUGACCGACGGCACGGGCAAGAGCUACACUGCCCGCAAAAUCGUGCUCGGUACCGGUGUCCGUGACAUUCUACCCCCGACUCCCGGCCUUCGCGAAAACUGGGGCAAAGGUAUCUUCUGGUGCCCGUGGUGUGAUGGCUACGAGCACAGGGACCAGCCAUUUGGCAUGAUCGGCGAUAUCAGCCACAUGCUGGGCAACGUGUUGGAAACCCACACUCAGUACAGCGAUAUCAUUGCAUUUGUGAAUGGCUCGCAAACUGCAGAGGGCGAGGCCCGCGCAGCUAAGAAGUACCCGGACUGGAAAGAGCAACUUGCCGCUUGGAACACUACCAUCGAUAACCGCACAAUCGCUUCUAUUGAGCGCCUCGAGGAUGGCGGCGACAACAGGGGCGAGAACGGUGAUCAGCAGUUUGACAAGUUCCGCCUUCACUUCACUACUGGUGACCCUGUUGAGCGCAAUGCUUUGAUGGUCAACUACCCCACUGAACAGGCCUCGCCACUUCCAGCCAAGAUGGGCCUGGUAAUCGUCGAUGAUAAGAUCAAUGUUACUGCCGCGAUGCGUACCAGCGAGGAGGGUGUCUUUGCCAUUGGCGAUUGCAACAGCGAUGGCAGCACCAAUGUCCCUCACGCCAUGUACACUGGCAAGAAAGCCGCUGUUUAUUUGCACGUGGAAAUGUCUCGUGAGGAGUCCAAGUCCAACAUCUCGAAGCGCACCGGUCUCUCUCACAGUGAACUCGAGGAGGAGGCCGUUCGUGAAAUCGGAGAAAACCUUGAGCCAGUAUGGAAGCGUGCUCAGGAGUAA